AUGUGGAAGUGCACGUUCCUCCUGGACUAUGAUGUCGAUGAUGUCGUCCGUGUCUGCCACUCGGUCACACCGCUGAGUGCCAUGGAAAUCGGAGCGUUCACACGGUGGUUUAUCUGGGCAAUUACGUCUUUCGUCGCACUCGACCUGUGCACCACCAUUCUCCCAUCGCUCGACAUGAGCCCUGAAACAGAUGCCACAGUGAGCCAUGUCAACACCAGCCGUAACCUCGACAUGUUCGACAUGAUUGAGAAUAAGAAACCGAGCGGUAGUUCGAGGGGCCGGGGGCCAAGACUUGGCGCCAAGCUUACAACCCCCCCUGACUGA